UGAGCGGUAUCCCGUAUCCCAUUAUUCCCUCAAGAAGUUUUGCAGUUUUGUCCAGAUUUAUCCGAUUUACCAUUUUUAAUUUUUCCACGUGUUUCUUGCAAUGUCUGGAAAUUAUAGCAGAUUUGUAGAACUUGGGAGAAAGAUUGUGGCCGUGGGAAGGAAUUACAGGGAUCAUGCAGCCGAGUUGGGAAAUGCCAUUCCUGAUAAGCCUCUAAUUUUUAUGAAACCAGCCACUGCUUAUAUUACGGAAGGGUCGCCGAUUAAGAUUCCUAAAGGAUGCACCAGCCUCCAUCAUGAAAUUGAGCUUGGAAUUGUAAUUGGGAAGAAGGCGACCGAUAUUACUGAAGCAAAUGCCAUGGACUACGUCGCAGGUUACGUGCUAGCUCUUGACAUGACUGCGAGAGACCUCCAGAAUAUCGCCAAACAGAAAGGCCAUCCUUGGGAGAUGGCGAAAAGCUUCGACACAUCCUGUCCUGUGAGUGCUUUUAUCCCGAAAUCAUCAAUCCCAGAUCCGCACAAUGUGAAUGUGUGGUGCAAAGUUAACGGCAACAUGAAACAGGAUGGGAAUACGAAGGACAUGAUAUUCACUGUGCCAUACUUGCUCUCGUACAUCUCCCAAUUUUUCACUCUCGAACCAAACGACAUCGUCCUAACGGGAACUCCGGCUGGCGUAAGUGCCGUCAAAUCUGGCGACGUCAUUCAAGGCGGACUUGACCAGUUAAUCAAAAUUGAGUUUAGGGUGGAAAGUAGCAACUGAUUGGUACAAGGCUUUAUGGUGGGUUACCUAAGGGAACUUACCGUACCUGCCGGAUUAAUUAUGUCCACUUCUUUAUGCUUUACUUAGAAAAUCUAAAUGGUUGUGACGUGACCAAUUUUAAUCUACUAUAAUUAUCUGUAUGAUCAGAAAAUCUUAUCUUGCUUAAUGGGUGCUAUUUGACUAGAAUUAGUAAGAACUGUUCCGAGUACUCUUUAAAGAAUGGAGUGAUUAAAUAAAGUCUAUAUAUUUCAUCUA